ACACCAUCCCUCCCAUCCUAGCUGAGAGGCUCGCGGUCGGAUCCGGCGUUUUACAUGUGAUCGGGGAGUUAGAAGAGCCCCCGCUCGUAGCUUUGCCCGGGGUCGCUGUCGCCGCCGGGUUUGCCUUUGUCGUCGGGCUCGCCGCAAGGCGCCCCUUCGCCUUCUCCGCCAUGGCUCGCACCUUGAAGGAGGAAGGCUACACCAGUCCGCGCCGAGGGAGACGCAGUCGCCGCCCCAGGCACCACCGUAAACUCACCACCCCCGUUACCAAAACCCUAACCCUAGCGCCGUCUGGGAGAUCGCCUCGCGAUCGCCCUUCAGUCGCCGCUUAACGUUUCGUACGUGGUGGACCCAAAUGCGCGUUGAUGUUGACUUAACGUACAGUGAUGGCACGCUUGGUGGUCCGUAUCAUCACCUUUCCUAUGGAUGGAGAAAGGUCGGCCGCAGUCAACGGCGCGCACGACCCCCUCAUUCCGCACGGCCAAACGUGCCGCACCCCGUCCCAUCACAUCCCCACCGUCCGUGGAGACACGCGUCGACCGAUCCACCGCGUCGCGGGCUUCUCUCUCCCAUUUCCCUCGCCCUUCUUCCGCUCCUUCCCACCGAAGCCACCACCGCCCACCCCUAAACCCGACCCUCCGCCCGCUUCCAGACCCUUCUCGAGCUCGCUCCCGCCUCUCGCCAUGGGGAAGAGCCGCCGCGGCGCAGGGGGAGGGGCGAGGGGGCCCGCGCCGGCGGCGAGCGCGAGCGACGUCCAGCGAGCCGCGGCGGCGCUCGCCCUCGCCGAAGCCGCCGCCCUCCACGGGUUCGAGGUCACCGACGUCGGUACCGGCGGCUGGUCGCCGCAGAUGCAGUUCCUCCUCGCGUGCUCGCAAGGCGACCUGCGCCGGGCCAAGGCCUUGGUAAAUGGCAUGGACAAGGAUGACAGGGAGUCGCUUGCCUCUGUGAGGGUCGAGGGCUGUGGGGCGUUGCAUUCCGCAGCAGGCGCGGGUGAUAUGGCCAUCUGCAGGUACCUGGUGGAGCAGCUUGGAUUUGAUGUCGACUCGGAUGCUAGCUCUGGUUCGACACCCUUGUCUUUCGCGGUGGCGCAUGGGGAAAUGACUGCUGCAAGGUAUUUUCUUGAAAAAGGUGCUAAUCCCAACACAAAAAGUUCCUCCACCGGCACGACUCCUCUGCAUGAAGCAGUAGCAACAGGCUGUGAUGAAAUUACACGACUGCUGCUAUCGAAAGGAGCUAAUGUUGAGGCACCUUCUCCUCAUGGGACACCUCUAGUUGCCGCUGCAGCCCAUGGGAAGUUCAAUGCUAUGAAGAUUUUGCUGGAGCACCAUGCAGAUCCGAACAAAGUCUCAUGGGACUUUGGUACACCCCUGACCACAGCACUCUAUGCUACUCCUGACAGAAUGAAUGAGUCCACUUGCUUAGCGUGCGUGAAACUUCUUGUCAAGGCUGGCGCGGAUGUCAAUUGUACAAUUCCUGAAACUCCAUUGGCAAUAGCAACUAACAAUGGUUUAACCACAUGCUUUAAAUACUUGUUGGAGGUUGGCGCCAAUAUCAAUGUUCCAGCUAACCAGGUUAAGAAAAGUGACAGUGAUAGCAAAGCUCCACUGAAAUCAAGCGGUGCAAAAGCUGUUAGGGGGAAGAACUAUGUUGCUGCAUCAAGAUUGUGUUCUGAGGUAUAUUGUUGUGCAAUCAUUUUCAAUGGCCCUCUUACUGAACAAGCUGUUGGGAGAGAACUGUUAUUUUAUAUUGCUAAUACAUCACAGUCAUGGACAUUAGAUGAGAAUAUAGCACUUGGCAUCCUAUGAAUGUACAUGUUCCCACUACUGGUUACUGAUUCCCACAUCUAAGAACGCCUUGUUGUGCUUCUAAAUAAUUGACCUGUAUAGCUGCAUAGGGUCGGGAGUUAAUAUACCAGCAAAUCCAAGUUACUGUUGAUUUGUGUCUUGUGUUUUGACUAAUUUUUAUAACCACUUUUUAAGUGUAUAUCAUUAAUUUUUAACAAUAUUUCAUUACUAAUAAAGGAAUGUAUUUAUUUUAACUGGUUCACUUGACUACUUCUAUCCUAUUUUCGGCCGGGUUUCAGCUAUUAACUUUGAUCAUUCUGAAGUUAUAAAAUUGAGCUGGGUUGGCUCGCUAGCUCACAUGCACCCAGGUGAAAGUAAAUUGAAAAAAAUAGAAAAAAAACGAGGAGAUCUAAAUUUU